UAAAAAAAAAGUGAAAACUCAUUUGAAAGAGGCUUCUGUCAAAAUAAUGAGUUUUUGUGCUUGCUAAUGAUUGAAGUGGACUCUUUCGAAUUAUUUAUUUUCUUUUUUGCGAAUGAAAAUAGCAUUAUACCGACAAAAAAUCCCAUUGGAAUACAAUCAAAUAAAUUGAUUGGCAAUAAAUUAGCAGAGAAAAAUUCAGUAUGAACAUAACUAUUGAACGAAAGAAAACAGAUUGCAAUGCACUGCCAAAGGGAUGGCAACGCGAAGAAGUGCUUCGGAAAACUGGACUGUCAGCGGGCAAAGUAGAUGUUUAUUAUUACAGCCCAAGUGGUGGUAAAGUCGAAACCAAAUCAAAAUUAGUGCGUCAAUUGGGCGAAACAAUUGAUCUCUCAACGUUUGAUUAUCAAUCGGGCCGUCAUCAAAUGCUCAAUGCAAGCCCAAAUUCGUCUCCGUCUCCAUCUCAGCCAUCGGGCAGCAGUCAGUCGAUGGUUAAUCCAUUUCAACGACCGUCGAUACGACGUCCGAUUCAUGAAUCGCUAAUGGGCCCACCUUCGCCUGUAGCAUCAGGUGCAUCAAGUCGCGGUAUUCGAACGGAUGUUUCGUUGGUGCCACCAAUUCGACAAACAGCAUCCAUCUUUAAGCAACCGGUUACAGUACAUCGAAAUCAUGAUUCCAAAGUGAAAAAUGAUUUGAAGCAUGGUACAUCACAAGAGAAGCCAAAACAACUCUUCUGGGAGAAGCGUUUAGAGGGUUUACAUGCAUGCGAUAUGGAUGGCAAUGAUUUUGGCCCGAUUGAGCUACCUCGUGGCUUGAAACCCGUUGGACCGCACGUUGACAAUGGAACGCUGCUACAAUCCGUCACAACGGCACUGCAUCUGAACAGUACGAUAGCGAUUACCGGGCAAACUGCACCGAAAUCAGCACUCACAUCCAAUGCUGGCGUCUUUUUGAAUCCAGAACAACCACUCAUGCAUGCCGUUACAAUCCAUGACGACGACAUUCGACGACAAGAGGAUCGCGUCACAAACGCUCGCAAAAAACUACAAGACGCAUUAAAGUGCUAAACGUUUUUUUUUUUAAAUAUAUAUAAAUACUUUUUUUGUAAUUCGUCAAUUGAUAAACAUAAGAGUUCACUAGAUCACAUCGUCAAAGAUUUGUUUUCGUUCAACACGUGUGUAUAUUUUGACAUCAAUUAGGAAAAUUAUCAUCCGGACAUUCUAUUUGUUUGGCAGUGCAAAUUUAGAAAUCGAUAACUCCAACUAAAUAUGUGAAACGCUACAAAGAAACAUCCUAGAUUUUUUAAGAAGAAAAACCACAUUUACAAAGAUUUAUUUCUACAUUUUUUUUUUCUCACGGUUUGAUUGUGAAAAACGUAUUCAAUUUUCACAAUCUACGACAACUUUGGCUUUCUGACAUUACACAUAAGAACAAUAUCAUUAAAAUGUCAAUAUGAAAUAACUCGAUUAAGAAUAAAUCGUAAUUUUGAUUGGAUUCAAAUUCCAAAAUCUA